UCUCAUUGUCAUGGCAACAACAGGCAGCAAAGGAAGUUUGGAGGACGUCAUGAGAGGAUCAGCAGGGGGUUCUGCCAACACCGUUUUCACCUGGCAAGGAGGAUCAGCAGGAGGUUCUGCCAACACUGUUUCCAGCUGGCAAGGAGAAAGCUCUGGGGAGUCUGGAGGGAGGCAGGACAAAGCUGUGAAAGUGUUCAGCUGUGAGGAGUGUGCCAAGCAGUUUGGUUGUCUUAGUGCUCUGAAGACACACAUGCGGACUCACACUGGGGAGAAACCCUACAGGUGUGGGGAGUGCAGCAAGCAGUUCAGUGUGCUGUGUAAUCUGAAGAGACACAUGCGGACUCACACAGGGGAGAAACCCUACAGGUGUGAGGAGUGUAGCAAGCAGUUCAACUGUCUUAGUGCUCUGAAGACACACAUGCGGACUCACACUGGGGAGAAACCCUACAUGUGUGAAGAGUGUGUCAGGCAGUUCAGUCAGCUCGGAAGUCUAAAGACCCACAUGCGGACUCACACUGGGGAGAAACCCUACAGGUGUGAGGAGUGUGCCAAGCACUUCAGUUGUCUUAGUGCUCUGAAGACACACAUGCGGACUCACACUGGGGAGAAGCCCUAUAUGUGUGGGGAAUGUAACAGGCAGUUCAAUCGGCUGGGUAGUCUGAAGAGGCACAUGCGGACUCACACAAGGGACAAACCCUACAGGUGUGAGGAGUGCAGCAGGCAGUUUAGUGAGCUUGGAACUCUGAAGAAACACAUGCGGACUCACACAGGGGAGAAACCCUACAGAUGUGGGGAGUGCAGCAGGCAGUUCAGAGAGCUGGGUAAUCUCAAGACACACAUGCGGACUCACACAGGUGAAAAACCUUACAGGUGUGAUGAGUGCAGCAGGCAGUUCAGUGUGCUGGGUCAGUUAAAGACACACAUGCGGACUCACACAGGGGAGAAACCCUACAAAUGUGAAGAGUGCAGCAGGCAGUUCAGUGAGCUGGGUAAUCUGAAGAAACACAUGCGGACUCACACAGGGGAGAAACCCUACAGGUGUGAGGAUUGUAGCAGGCAGUUCAGUGUGCUGUGUAAUCUGAAGAAACACAUGCGGACUCACACAGGUGAGAAACCCUAA